AAUCGCGCAGUUGUCAAACAAUUUGUCAGUUUGUGUGUGUUUUUCAACAUCGGAAAAUUCCAUUUUUGUGUUGAAAAAUCUCAUUUUAAACUUUGCUGGCAUUGUUUUGGGAAACAUAAAUAAAUAAGUGCCGUACAGGAUUUUAACGACCACCCGGCAAAAAAAAAGUUUCACGACACCCCCGAAAAAAAAUUGUGUUUGCAGAGUUUUGUUAGAAAAAAAAUUAUAAAUUGAAAAUAUUAGGGCAAAAAGAAGUUAAAAAAAAAGUGCCAGGACAAUGGAAUAAUUAAUCAGAAAGUAUAUAUAUACUUCCGGAAGAAGGAGCUUAAAACGUUUUACGAUAUUUAUAUUUAAAAAGUUAAAGAGAAAAAAAAUAAAUAAAAUGAGCGGUGAAGCGUUAUCCGCAAAAUUAAUUGAGAAAUCCCUCAACUACCAUGGAAUGCCACUACUCAAGAUUUGGGAGGGUGAGAGGGGUGAGAGUGAUUUGACCAAGUUGGGCAUCCAAAAUCUCGAUUUUGCCGUCUAUCAGAUGCGACAGAAGAAUCUCACGUUCCAAGAUCGUGCAAAGCGUCUCAAGUUGCAUCAAUUCAUCUCCAAGAAUGCCACACAACUGUUCAGUGAGAGUCUCAUUGAUAAUCAUUCUGUGACAAUCAUUGAGGACGAUGAAUGGGGAAAAGAUACCUCCGUACAAAUACCCCUACUUGAGGCGCUCUUGCCGGCUGACAAAACAGGGAGAACCAGGCAUUUCUUUGAUAACGUCCAGCGUGGAGAUGUAAUUUUUGGGACUGUUAUGAAUAAAUCUACACCUGGCUAUAUAAUAAAAGUAGCUUGUUCCGCAGGCUCUCAAGAUAGAUAUGUUCAGGAUUUGGCGAUAAAGGCCUACGUACCGUAUUCAAAUACAACUUCAUCAGGUGAUAAAAAGACUGCAAAUCGUUCCCUUGUCCAAGGUAAUUUUGUAUGCUGUGAAGUGCAGGAAGUCACAGCGGAAACUGAGAAAUUGGUGUGUGAAAUGAAGGGAAGUGUAUGUAGAAUUGGUGAUAAAGAAUAUACAACGGGUCUUGUAACUUCUGAACAGUUUCCAGACUUUUACAAGAUUACAUCAGAGAAGAAGAAUUUUACAUUUGAGGAGAUUUUACAGUCAUCACCGAGCUUCAAAAAUCCCUACAGUGACGAAUAUUUGUUUGAAAGUGUUGGACUAUCUCCACGUGAGCAUUACUCCAUUAUGUCAAGCCUGCGAGGGAGAUUUCCUCAGCAGGAGUACUCCAAUGAAUUGCGUCAAGUCCAGGCAAGCAAAUGGGCUUUCCGUUCCGUUGCUGAGGGCAUUGAACAUUUCAAAGUUGGGCGUCAUUCAGAGGCAUUUCAGUGCCUAAAUAAAGCCCUAAACAUUGAUCCGCGCAAUGUGGAGGGAUUAGUGGCACGUGGGGCACUCUAUGCCAAUAGUGGGUCAUUCAAGAAGGCCGUGGAUGAUUUUGAAACAGCAUUGAAGCUAAAUCCAAGUCAUGCAAAUGCCCGAAAGUACAUGGGAGAGACACUAGUGGCCCUCGGAAGGAGCUAUGAGGAAGAAAAUAAACUUGAGGAAGCACGAAAAGCAUACCAGGAUUGUUUAGUUAUCAUUCCACAUCACGAGGAGGCUAUGAAUUCACUGGAGUACCUCAAGAAUCGUUCCCAGAAACAACCAUCAAUGCUGUUUGAACCGGGAGAAUUGGAACUUCCAGCACUCAACUUCAAUACAAAAGAGAGGAAAUUGGACGACGUUCUAGGUGGGGGGAGUUCAAAGAAGGAUAAAAAGUCAAAGAAGAAGAAACCAAAGGGGAAGAGCAGCAAAAAGUACAGCUCCUCCAGUGGAUCAAGUAGCGAUUCUAGUGAUUCCAGCGACUCGGACAGCGAUUCAUCCAGUGACACUGACUCCUCAUCAUCAUCAGGUUCAGAUGAGUCACAUGGUGGUAGGAAGAAGAAGGGCUCGAAGAAGAAGCGCGAGAAAUCCAUGUCACCGCUUAGCAAGAGAAUGGCCAUAAUGAGUGGGAAUGUGAGGGAUAGCAGUGAAUCGGCCAGCUAUCAAUUCAAUCAAUCGUACAUGAGUACGGAUAGCGUACCACAGGCACCACCUCCGCCGUCUGUUGUUGAUGACUAUGAGCUGAAGGUGCGGCAAUUCCUCGAGAUAACACGCGAUGAGGACAACUAUGAGGAGAAAGUGCGCAAAUUUGUCGAGGAGGCGUCGAAAUAUCGCAAAGAGCGAAAACUCAUGGAGGAGAAGAAUCGCAAGAAGAAGAAGAAGGAUGGGAAAAAAUCCAAAAAGGAGAGUCGCAAGAGGCGCAAAGAGAAGGAAGAGAAGCACAGGAAGAAGAGCACAAAGAAGGAUAAAAUUGAACUUGAUGAUUUGGAGAAUAAAAAGCUUCGUGAAGCUCUCAAAAUUUUUGAGAAACUACCCGUACUUGAUGAACUGGGGUCAAAGCUCUCUUCAAUCUAUGGCAAAUCAACGGAUAAUGAUGGAAAAAUCGAUGAGGAUUCAAAAGGAAAAGGAAAACGUCAAUCUCCGGAGAAGGAUGAUUAUCCAGAGGGAAAGUGGAAAAUGAUUUUCACAAAGGAUCAGAAGAAAGAUGCAAAACCAUCAACAUCAAAGGGGGGUAGUUCCCUGGCUAAACAACAUCCUUUUAUGGGUGACAGUGAGGAUAGCGAUACGGAGGAUAACUUGGGGCAACCACAACCGUCGACAUCAUCAAGUUCCUACUAUGACAAGAGACGCGGGGAUGAUGAGAAAAAACGCCGAUCUAGUCCACAUGGUGGUCAGAAGAAGUAUGAUGUCCCUAAAUCAGCUGCAAAAUCAACUCCGGUUGUUUUGGAUAAAUUUGGUAGUUUCCGCCUUGCUACGGCUGAUCGUACACCCCCAAAGGCUCCAAUGCAAUUUCAACGGCGCAGCCGAAGUCGCUCAAAAAGCAAGAAACGCAGCAGUUCCAGCCAAUCACGUUCACGCACACCCCAACGAAGACGUUCAAGAUCAUUGAGCUACACCAAGAGACGCUACAGUCGUUCCCGAUCGCGAUCCUAUCGCUCACGUACACGUUCCCGCAGCAAGUCCUACUCACGCAGUCGCUCACGUUCGCGUAGCAUGGAUCGGCAUCGUUUUGAAAAGCGCAGCUUCCGUGGGCAUGGAUAUGAUCGCGAUCGUGGGACGGGUUUCUACAAGUCGCGCUUCAAUCCACGCGGAGGCUAUCGCGGUCGCGGUGGGGGUUUCCGGGACAAUCGAGAUUUUCGUGGACGUGGCAGGGAUCGCCCAUUUAGGGCACGAGGCCGUGGGAAUCCACGGUACAUGUCGUCACGCGGACGUGAUGAUCACCGUGAUCGUCGCUAUGAUCGCGAUGGCAGCUACGAUCGCAACAGUGAUCGUGAAUCAAAUUACGACGAUCGGCGGGAUAGGUUCAGCAAGAGAUCAUCAAAGGAACACCGGAGGAGCAUAACACCAACAAAGGCCAUGGAUAAGGGGAAAGGUGAAAUGGAUGAUGUAACCACCUCAGCAGCUACAGCUGAAAAUUAAUUAAUUUGUCGAAAAGAAAAAAGAGAAAAACUAUCAUCCUCAACACCCCCACAUUCGCUAUUUACCUAUAUAAUCUAACUUACAUAAAACAUGAAAUAUAUAUAAUACAACAGCAUGAUUUUAUCUAGAAACUCAGCUGUUUGCGAUUGAAAUAAAUAUUCUUGAAAUUCUUGCAGAGAAAAA